AUGGCAGACAUCAGUAUGUCAGCUCAGAGAAAACGAAGAGCUCAACGCAUGGCAAAUCGGCCUCGACGACUAGCCCAAGGACCAGUGUCGGAUCACGGUGAUGAGAUCCUUCAAGCCAUUGAAUUAUUCAAAGCUAAGCAAGAAGCUGAAGCUUACCCCGGUGGUGAUUUCCUUGAGACGAAGGAUCAGGAAACCCACACUUCUGAAAAAUCGACCUCUAUUGUAAGCCACUGUGACAGCCAGUCUGCACCACAGACAUCUGUCCACGAAAACAAGAGUGUUGACGAAGAGGUCAUCAAAAUGCUGCAAACCAGUGUCACGCGUCAAACUCUCAAACUCAGUGACCUCUCGACCUUUGACAUGGGAUGGACUGUAAAGAGCCUGGUAACGCUCGUGGAGAUUGGGCGGGGCAGCUACGGUCGUGUCCUUCUAGCACGUCAUCGCUCUACAGGCGUCCCUCUUGCCGUCAAAGAACCGUCUUGGUCAGACGACUUUAUGUCGCCCGGUGAAAUGGUUGAAGAACUCAAGGCAACAAGGACCAGAGCUACAAAGGAGGCACUGAUCCAACAGAUGUUGUCAGGAAGUCCCUACUUUCCAAAGUUCUGGGGUACAUUAGACCUCGGAAACGAACUCUGCCAGGCCGUCGAGUUUAUCGGAUGCAAGAAGACAGGCACUGGCUACCCUCUCCACGCACCACCACGGCUAUCAGUCAGCAACAUUGUCAAGAUCGCAGAAGAUAUCGUCAAGGGAAUGAAGGAGUUCCAUGAUCACGGACUUCUCCAUAAUGACUUGAAGAAUGAUAACGUGCUGUUAGAAAAACGCGGUAAGAGAUACAACGCCGUCGUCAUCGACUUCGGCAUGGCGAGCACAAUAACGGCACCAGCAAAAAUGGGGAGGCAGACUACAUAG